AUGGAAAGACGUUCUUGGGGUCAAGCACAGUGUUACUAUGAAGCUCCUAUUUAUACAGUUCAGUCUCAAGUUAAGACUAAGCAGUGGAUGUCCAUGCCAGCUGCUUCUGGGUUUGAGGGGAGGGGGGAACCUUGGCUGCAGUUCCCUAUCAUUGAAAAGUAUGAGCAAGAUCAUGCUGUGGAGAAUUAUGAAGGGAAGGAGAGUCAUGCUGGGUUCUGUUAUCCUAACCCUAAAGCAGUUAUGAAAGGUGGUGAUAAUAAUAGUUCUAGUGAUUUGGUGAGUCUUAGAAGAGUUUGGAUUCCCAAACAUAGGUGGCAGAAUAGGAUGUUUGCUCUUCCUGCUGCUGAUGUGUUUGAGUUCAAAGAUAAUGUUGAUGUUGAGGAUGAGGAUAGGACCACUGUGAUGAUGAAAAACCUUCCCAACAAGCUCUUGAGGAACAAGCUAUUGGAAAUGCUUGAUGAGCAUUGUUGCCAAGAGAACCAGAAGAUUAAAGAAGAUGGUGGAGAUGGCCAUGACUCUAUCCUCUCUGAGUUUGACUUCCUUUAUCUUCCUAUGGACUUUGACAGUGGGAGCAACUUAGGCUAUGCCUUUGUGAACUUCACAAGUGCGGCGGCAGCUCGCAGGCUGUACAGAGCGUACCAAAAUAAAGCAUGGGACACUGUGCUUGGCUCUCGCAAGAUCUGUGAGGUUACCUACGCCCGGAUUCAGGGACUCUUACCACUUCAAAAGCGUUUCAAGAACUCAAUAUUCAUUUGUGACAGUGAUGACUACUUGCCGGUUUAUUUCACACCAUCUCGCAAUGGAGACCGCCAUUGUCAAACAGAAGAACAUUUCAUUGGGAGGAGAGUUUCUAGAUGCUAA